UCAACGAAAUUCUUCCAUGGUGGCGUUUUGUUGUUGAUAAAAUUUAUUAAAUAAAUCUAAAAUUAUAGCCAAAGUUGAUACUUUAAACCUAUAAAACAUUUACUGCGGCCUCUUAUAGUAUUUUAAUGUGCAUUUCACGAACCAGCUCUUUCUAAACACUGACAAUGACGGUGGACGGUGACGAGAAGCCAGCCCGGGUGCGGGUUUUCAUGGACAUUUCCAUCGGAGACCUGCCCUCAGGCCGCAUAGUGUUCGAACUAUACAAUGAUGUGGCGCCCAAGACGGCGGAGAACUUCCGGGCACUCUGCACCGGCGAGAUGGGCGAGGGGAAAACUACCGGAAAACCUCUGACGUAUAAGGGGAUGCUGUUCCACCGUGUUGUGAAGGACUUCAUGAUACAAGGGGGUGACUUCACAAAUGCUAAUGGCACAGGAGGGGAAUCUAUUUACGGAGGGACUUUUGAAGAUGAAUCAUUUGAUUUAAAACAUGAUAAGCCAUACUUGCUCUCCAUGGCAAACAGAGGAAAAGACACCAAUGGAUCUCAGUUCUUUAUAACAACACAGCCGGCACCUCAUCUCGACAAUGUGCACGUGGUGUUCGGCGCGGUGGUGUCGGGCGCGGCGCUGGUGAGACAGCUGGAGGCGCUGCCGGUGGACCGCACGGCGCGCCCGCUGCAAGAUGCUGUUGUUACUAACUGCGGGCAGCUGGUUAAAGCUGUGAAGAAGCGCAAGCAGAAGGAGGAGAGAGAAGCGAGCGACGCUGAGUCGGAGAAGUCACACAAGAAAGAUAAAAAGAAGAAGAAAGAUAAGAAGGAAAAGAAGAAGAAAAGGCGCGACUCCCAAUCCUCGCAAGAAGAAGGCGAGGUGGACUCCGGGCCGGCGCACCCGCUGCUCUCCACCACCAGGAUAGACCCGGGCGAGAUACCUGAAGUGCCAACGAAUAGGUUCUUAAUGAGGGGGAACAAGGACGGGGAUCGCGCGCCGAGGCGGGAUCGGGAGAGGAUGCGGUACAACGAGCGAGAACGCAACGUGUACACUCGCAGUGGAAGGAUCAUCAAGGGACGAGGCGUCUUCCGCUACCGCACGCCGUCGCGUUCGCGCUCGCGCUCUCGGUCAGUGACCCCGCCGCACUGGAGGCAGGCGCAGCGACGCAUCGUCAAGUACACCGACAUGGAGCGAGAGCCUGAAAAGUUCGAGCGUCAUGAAGACGCUCCUCGCAGCCGCGUCGAGAGGAGACCACGCUCGGAGCAAGGUGGGACCCCGGACCGACCGCAGGAGAAGGAGGAGGGGGAAUGUGAUACUACAUUAGAGAGGUCUCAGCAUGAGAAGGUGGACUACAACGCAUUGGACUUCGAGGAAGAUGUGGAGCAAGAACCGGAGGCCCCCCCUCCCCGCGCCGCCCCCCGCGGCCGCGACACGCGCCGCGCGGACCUGCUGGCGCAGGCUCUCGGAGUGCCCACCAAGCAUGACGACCUGCCCACCGGCCGCGACACUCGUCACCGCGCGCCGCGCAUCGCCUCGGCUGUGGCGCUGCCGGUGCAGGUCUCACACGACAAUGGACCUAAUGCUAGAGGGCUAGGCUCGUCCCGAGACGACACCCCCCGCGAUAGAGAGCCGCGGGACAAGGAGCCGGCGGCCGGAGAGUACGACCCCUUCACACUCCUGCGCAGCACCUUCCAUAGAGACAAGCCUAGGGAGGAGCGGGAUGCCAGCAGAAAAGACGACCGUCCAGACUUGCGCGCGAACCUCAGCCGUCAGCCAGACAGAGACCGCAGACACAAGAGCGAGCGAGACGACAAGCGACGCGAACGAGACUCUUCCUCCAAGAGGGACGAAGACAGAGAUAGAAGAGACAAGAGCCGGGAACCAGCCAAUAGGAGAGAUGAAGAUAGAGAUAGGCGGGGCCAGAGCGGAGAGCCAACCAAUAGGAGGGAAGAUGAUAGAGAUAGGCGGGAGAAGAGCAGGGAAACAGCCAAUAAGGAGAGAGGACGGAGUGAAAGGAACAGAGAUAGAGAUGACUCGGGAGAUAGAAGGAGGAAGAGGUCGCGAUCUGUUUCGAAGGAUAGAAGGGAAAGGUCUAGAAAGGACACUUCAGGUUCUGAAGACAGGAAGCGAAACCACUCCCGCUCGCGCUCUAAGGAAAGGUCUAGAUCGCGUGGUCGCGCCCGCAAGACCUCUGAGGGCCGCGACAAGAGUCCAGAGAAACCCGCCGCAGCCGAUAACAAAGAUCCUAAGAAAGAGGAGGAGGAGCGCAACGAGGCGCGCAAGGAGCUGAUGGAGAUCGUGCGCCUCAUCAAGUCACGCCAGAAGGACCGCGAGAACAAACAGCAAGGUGCAGACGACAAGAAGAAGCGGUCAGUAUCUAAGUCACCAGACCCGGAGCGUCGCCGCCGCUCGCCCGAGAGAAGGAAACGCAGUGAGAGCCCGCGCCGCCGUCGCAGCCCGCGCCGCCGCCGCUCCAGCACUCGCUCGCCGCGCCGCCGCAGCCGCAGCCGCGACCGCCGCCGCAGGCGACGCGACUCCAGCGACUAGAGUACUUCCCUCAUAGCGUUCCGGAUUUAUUUGACUACACCGAGGUAUGUAUGAGUUCCAAUAGACAUAAGUAAGUGCUUAGUUUGUUUAAGUUAUUAUUUAAAUAACAUUGACUACUCCCGACGAUUGUAUCUGAAUGUUAGUUAAAUAUGUUUUUCUUUUUGUUUUUAUUACAAAACUAAGGUCCUUACUUGUUUCAAAUAAGUAGUCUAUAUUUUACUUGAUAAUAAAGGUAAUUAGAAAAUUA